AGGCCUGGAAGAGAACCAGCAGAUCGUCCAGGAGUGUGAAGCCAAGUUUGCUCGGCUCAUGGCCCAGCACCCCGAGGGCUUCAGAGCCCCGGAGGUCUUGGCGAAAGGCUUAGAUUUGGCGGUGGUGUAUCUGAAAAACUACGCGCUCGACAAGGCAGACGCGCUCUACGAAGUGACCAAGGCGCAGUGUUUGUCUAGGGGCUUGCCGUGGAACGUGAAAUGGUUCCAAGACUGCGCCACGCUGCGAUGCAAGCAGAAUCGACAAGCUGAGGCCGCGCCCAUGCUGGAGGAAGUCGCAAAGUUGACGCCCCCUCAUGAGGCCACCCUCAGGAAUUUGGGCACGGUGUACAACCAGCUGCGCGACCACGACAAGGCGAAGGUCUACUUCGACGCGGCAGCGGAGCUGGUGGGCGAACGCGAUGCAAAUGGCCAGCUGAUCUUGGACAAAGAGGACCUUUGGAACAUUGGUUUAGUGCACAAAAACAAGAAAAACUACGACGAAGCAGCGCCGAUGCUGGACCAGGCUUUAGAAAAGUGGUUGGAAGAGGAUCCGGAGGAUGAUGUGGCCUUAGCCAAGCUCUAUGAUUCAGUGGGGAGCUGCUACGAUGAGAUGGGCAGGCACGACGAAGCCGUGGGCGUGUUGCAGAAAGCCAAGGACCUCUACGACCGCAGUAUUGGGACUGAGAGUCCGCUGUACGGCAGUGCCUGUGAGCGCUUGAGCCGGGCACUGGUACAUGCGGGGCGUCAUCAAGAAGGCCUGGACAAUCUCAUCGAGGCCUUCACGGUGAUUGCCUUGCAGGACGCAGUGCAUCCCACGCCUCUCUUUGAGCUGCUGGGAAUUGCACUGGAGGAGAUACCCAUUACCAAAGAGGUGGACGUCGCGGAGCUGGCGCGCUUGGAGAUGCCCAUCCAGGCAGCGGUGCGGAACAUGCGCUACCGCGGCCUGGAUCAGGACGGCAACUGCGGUGUGCUCUACGAGCGCAUGGCGCGUGCCCUGGUGCUCUGCAGCUCCGCCGGUGGUACGGCGGACAUGCAGCAGGCGGCGGCGCAGCGGCGACAGACGGCGCGUACCUUGCUGACCCACGCAGCUCCACUGGUUGAAGCUGCCACUCGUGAAGGCUUGGCGGAUCUUAAGCACAUCUCCAUGCUGAUCGACACGGAGCUGCAAGCGCUGGAAAAUCAGGAUGCCGCAGCACGCCUUGGUUUGCCGCAGAUGGGACAAGUUGCUGCCCCUACACCUGCGCCGCAAGGUGCACCGGUGGUCUCCCCACCACCACCUGUGGUCUCAUCACCACCUGCGCCACCGGUGCCACAGCCGGCCCCUGCUGCACGUGUUGCGGCGCCCGUGCCGGCGCCGGCGGCCACUCCGCCCCCCGCACCGGUGCCGGCCCCGGUGGCCAACGGAGCACCGGCGGGGUGGCGGAGAAGAUAACCCAGCGGGGUCUGUGACCAAUGUGGGUGCACCCGCUGGAACCGCCGGAGAAAAGUGCCGGGUUGAAGUUUCUGCGUGACUAGGGUCAUGGCGUAAGUCAGCCAAUGUCACUUGUGCAGUGUGGGAUGACCAUAGAGUCCCAUAGAGUGGACCUGUGAGAUGAAAA